AACGUUCUCGGUGGCGCCCCCUGCUGCUGGGACGGUAAACAUUCUGGUUCUGCCUGCAGGAAGGGAGGCAACAACAAGCUGAUCAAGAUCUUCCAUCGGGAGGGGAAGUACGGCUUCUCUGACCCGCUGACCUUCAGCUCGGUGGUGGAGCUCAUCAACCACUACCGCCACGAGUCUCUGGCCCAGUACAACCCCAAGCUGGACGUCAAGCUGCUCUACCCGGUGUCCAAGCACCAGCAGGACCAGGUGGUGAAGGAGGACAGCGUGGAGGCCGUGGGCAAGAAGCUGCACGAGUACCACCUGCAGUACCAGGAGAAGAACCGCGAGUACGACCGGCUGUACGAGGAGUACACCAGAACGUCGCAGGAGAUCCAGAUGAAGCGCACCGCCAUCGAGGCCUUCAACGAGACCAUCAAGAUCUUCGAGGAGCAGUGCCAGACGCAGGAGCGCUUCAGCAAGGAGUACAUCGACAAGUUCCGCCGCGAGGGCAACGACAAGGAGAUCCAGAGGAUCAUGGAGAACUACGACAAGCUGAAGUCUCGGAUCAGUGAAAUCGUGGACAGCAAGCGCCACCUGGAGGUGGACCUGAAGAAGCAGGCGGCCGACAACCGGGAGAUCGACAAGAAGAUGAACAGCAUCAAACCGGACCUGAUCCAGCUCCGCAAGACCCGGGACCAGUACCUGAUGUGGCUGACCCAGAAAGGAGUCCGGCAGAGGAAGCUGAACGAGUGGCUGGAAAUGAAGAACGAGACCACCGAGGAUGAGUACAGCACGGUGGAGGAUGAGGAGGACCUUCCUCACCACGACGAGCGGCUGUGGCGUCUGGGGAACAUGAACCGGCUGCAGGCCGAGGGCCUGCUGCGCGGCAAGCGGGACGGAACCUUCCUGGUCCGGGACAGCAGCAAGCCGGGCUGCUACGCCUGCUCCGUGGUGGUGGACGGCGAGGUCAAGCACUGCGUCAUCAACAAGACCGGCACCGGCUUCGGGUUCGCCGAGCCGUACAACCUGUACGGGUCGCUGAAGGAGCUGGUUCUGCACUACCAGCACACAUCGCUGGUCCAGCACAACGACUCGCUCAACGUCACGCUGGCCUUCCCCGUCUUCAGCCCGCAGCGCCGGUGACCUCUGACCCCAACACAGCGUCACGCUGGCCUUCCACGUGACCUCUGACCCUGUAUGACCUGCCUCAGGCCCGCUUCCUGUCGGAUCAGAACCGGUCUCCUCUCUGCUGGGAUCACAUGGGAACCAAUGAAAACCCAAUAAUCAAUAUCUGAUAUUCUGGUCGCGUUGACCCGGGCUCACGGCCCAAAUCAACACACUGGUCAAACAAGAUGGCCGCCCUGGGCUUUGUGACAUCACUCUGCGUUACGGCUGGCGAUUGUUUUAGUGAUCCAGUAUUCUAUCGAUUAUUCUGACCAUUAAUCCAAUAAAAAUGUGAUAAUUUGAUAUUAAUAUUGAAUAUCGGCCCAGUUUUUCAUAUCUGCGCAUCCUGACUGUUACUUUACUGAAGUUUAGAGAAUUAAACUGUAACAAUAAUAGCUCAAUUUUUAAAUUAACCUGGACAAAAUUAUACAAAAAUAUGAAAUUGUACUUAAUUUAGUAAUAAACCAGCAAAGACCACAGCUCAGUUUUUAGGUUCUGUUUUCAUCUUCAGUGAGAGCGCUGAGCUAACUAACGAAACGUCCAGGCAGAUCAUUUACCCUGAGGAAUUUUAGUAAUGGCGGUUCUGGGUUCGCUAAUCGCUUCAGCUGCGUCGCCAUGGAGCCCAAACGGCCAAUCAGUUUCUCUUCAGAAACCAACAACCCCAUUUAUCUCCAGACCUAAAGCUAAACCUUAACAGCAAUAAAUCUGCCUGACGGCGCCCCCUGCUGGUGGACGACCACCCUGCAGGUCCAUGUGAUCCCAACCUCCAAACCCUGGUUCUGACCCGUGACCCUUGACCCCCACCUCAUCAGUCAGCAGAAGCCAUGAUGUCGGCCGUUGGACGGCUCGUCCAGAACCUUCCUGAACACUGUGAACGCGUCAGAACUCAUCCCGUCCCACUUCCUGUUUGGUUUCAGGCGGCUGGGCUCUGCAGCGCCACCCAGAGGUCGGGAAUGAAACCCGACCUGGUUCUGGUUCUGGAGAGAAAUCAGGGAGAAAAGAAGAAAAGCACCAAAACCUCUGGAAUCAUUUCGUUUGUUUGGACUCGCAGGAAGUCGAGAGAUUUUUCCCUUUUCUGACGUUUCUGUUCCGGAGGAAAACCAGGUACAGAGGCGGAAACUGUGGCGUUACCGUGGUAACCGCAGGUACAGAGGCGGAAACUGUGGCGUUACCGUGGUAACCGCAGGUACAGAGGCGGAAACUGUGGCGUUACCGUGGUAACCGCCUCACGAAGCUUCGCUCCCAGGGAUAUGGAAAUAAGUUUUAAAACUUUUUUUGUAAAAGGACGAAAGUCGUGCAUGAAAUGGGAACUUCUUCUCCUCCUUGUUUUUCCGUUUCCUGUCUGCGCUCCAGCGCUGAUGAUGAUGAUGAUGAUGAUGAUGAUGCGCCGAGCGAAGCAGAGCCACCAGAAAUGUUUGGCUCGUCAUAACUCAGAAUAUUUUCAUAACUCUGAAUCUGUUGAACUUUUAUUUCCGGUUUCUGAUCAAAUUAAGGCCAAGCUGCAGUUUGCUUUAAAAUGAAGCUGAAAGGUCAGAGGUCAACUGCAGCGACGAGUUUUCAUGUUUUGAUCAGAGGAGAAAUUAGAACAAUGAAUAAUUAGGAUUGUUAAAUAUAAGUAAAUCUUUUCUGCUCUUGUUUCAUAUUUAUUCUGUUUCUCCUCACUGAGAGCUAAAGGAGCAAACAGAACCUGGUUCUGGUUCUGACCCGGUUCUGGUUCUGACCCGGUUCUGGUCCAGAUGUCUCUCCCUCUGUUUUGCUGUCGAUGUUUAAAUCAAUAAAUUCUGGUUUGUGGA